UCGCAAACUCUCACUCACUUUGAGUGAGAAGACUUUUUUCUAAUAAAAUGAAGUAUUUCUUGAUAGUUUUAGGAUCUCCCUUGAACAGUCUUUAUCUCCAGGCAGUAGCGACAUCAUGAGCUUGCCUGGCAUCCACCGGUGCCAUUGUAAAACAGAAUUUUGAGAUUGUGCACAGUUUUGUGGAUAUGUUUUACCUCCUGUUGCUGCACUGUAACCAGAAGAUGUGGAGAAAAAUGUAGGGUCUGAGGUUACUGCAUGUCUGGGAAUGUUUAUGUACAACAACUGUUAGAGACGCUCGACACUAUGAUGAGCGAGCAGGAAAAAAAAGACGAACCCAGAUAGCUGGCUUUGGUGCAAGCAGUGAUAUUUAUUUACAAAGUGAAACAGUGCAAUGAGAAGGGGAGAGGUAGUUAGUGGUAACCGGGUGUCGACCAGCUGUUGGAGAAAAACAUAUGCAGUCUAUGGAGUGGUGAAUAAUGACAGACCGGGCUGCGGACGCUGGGGUCACUCCUGGAUAGAUCGGGGUUGAGGUGAAGAUGACUGUGGAGACAGGAGCAUGGAACAAACAGUUAAAGGAGACUGUGCAUCGACCUGUAUGGUGGUGGCUGGGAGAGCUCAGUAGAUCCAGGGUCCAGAGAAGCGGUUUGUAGAGAAGGAAGCAGCGGGAAACAAAAGAAGGUAAUACUUAACAAAAAGAGAGAGAACUAUGACUGGCGUAAGUAGCGCAAGAAGCAAAAUAACAAUCAAAGGGGCCUGGAGACAGAGACUGAACUGUCAGGGGAGUGAUCAGUCAGCAGGGUAUAAGUAGGGAGGAAAGUGAUCAGGUGCAGCAGGUGAUAAUCAAGGGAAGUGGGGCAGGUGUGUUAGUGUAAUCAGGGAAGCAAAACUAGAGUGAGAAAAAGGAAGAGAGGAAGGUGCAGCUAGGCAAACCUGACAGCAACUCGCUGUUUUACCUGACUGGGUCUAAAGUGGCGUGAAUGGAGUGGCCGGAAACCUACAGGCAGCCGGCCAAUGAAGCACCCCGGGGUGGUGAAUGAUCAGCUCAUCGACGCUGGAUUUCCCUGGAGCACAGUACCUGUUUGUUUUGACUGCUUGAGGCCAGAAAUAAUGUGUUCCACAUAUGAUGUGUUGCUGGUCAAGAAGUAGAUAAACAACCCGUGAUGUUACUGUCGGCACUAUGCUACCUGUAGGAAUUAAUUUCACUACUUUGGGACUGUAUGUGGUCAUGUGGAGGAGACACAGCAACCACUGGUUGGAUUUACCAACCUUGGAGCUGCUUGAAAGAGAGCGAUGUUUCGACUACCUGGUGGGACUUAACAAGAGCAGCUGAAGGAGGCAGAGAGAAAGAGAGAAGGAGUACUGGCGCCUCAAGACCGGAGUGGACUACAGCUGGCCGGCCAGCACGCCUCGCUCCUCCUACAACAUCAGCACUGGGGAGAGGCUCAGCCUGGAGGGCUUCUGUUCCAAAUCUACUUCUACUUCCAAAGGGUGGAGGCUAUUUUUAAAAGGGGGCUGUGAAGGAGUACAAGGCCAUGGCCUCCUGGUUCAGCUGGAAUGAGCCUUAUUACCGAAGCCGCUGCCGGGACCCAGCCAAUGUGGUCACCGACACCCUGAUGCUGGAGUUCAGCUGGCAGCUGAAGGAGGCAGAGAGGAGGGAGGAGUACCGACGCCUCAAGACCGGAGUGGACUACAGCUGGCUGGCGAGCACGCCUCGCUCCUCCUACAACAUCAGCAUUGGGGAAAGGCUCAGCCUGGAGGGCCUCUGCUUCAAGGUGCCGCCAUCCUGCUGUAGUUUCGUCAUACUCAAGUUCAGGGAAGCCAUGCAGGCCAGUGAACCUGAGGUGGAGGAGGUGUCGGGCCUGUUCCGCUCUGUCCUCCUGGAGGCUCUGGACCACCUGAAGGAGGAGCAGGAGGCACAGCAGCUCGCCCACCAAUGGAACAACAGAUGUCCCAAGAGCAUGUCCCUCAAGAAUUUCAGGUCUUGGAUCAAGAUCAAUCCGUUUGGAAGCACAGUGGGCCUGACCUCUGCUGUGGCUGACGGGGUAGGGCUGAGUGACCUUAAAACUGUGUCAGAGAAUGUGGAAAAAGGGAUGGAGAGUGAGGAGAGGUCACAGAGGGUGUGGAGCAUUCCCGAAUUCAGCUACAAAGGGGACAGCAGCAGCAAGGUUGCCUGAUGUGGGGCACCGGUGGAACGUUUCAGUGGGACAUAUACUGAUCUCCCCAGGACUCUGCUGCUGUAUGCUCACUUUCCACCAGGUGAGGGAGGAUAAAUGCCAUCCUUCCCUGUUGGAAACCACUCAGCAUUUGUUCCAUUUAUCUUUUCAUCUGCAAGUGUAAUGGCAGGUGUUUUUCCUAAAUGUUUUUCAACAUUGUUUUUACUUGAAAGGGUUUUCCUUUCAAAGAGAUUAUUUAUGUAAUUCAAAGAGCCCAUGCCAUCCUUUUCCUUAUUCUUUUACUUAUCAACAAUGUUAAAAUUGUGAAUUAUCAUCUUAGAUCGGACCUAAAGCUCAUAAAAUGAAAUGUACUGCAUAUAUGUUCUACUACUUCUGUGUAGAAGCAACUCUGUUUAUACACAUCACAAACUUUCAC